AUGUUGGGACAGAGCAUCCGGAGGUUCACAACCUCGGUGGCCACUGUGACAAGGGCCCAGGGAAAAAUGUGCCAUUUUUCAGUGAAAAACAAGUGGCAGUUACUAGUUAUGAUGACUGUGUACUUUGGAUCUGGAUUUGCCGUACCUUUCUUUAUAGUAAGACACCAACUGCUUAAGAAAUAA